AUGGUGGUGAAAUGUGGUGUGGAAGGGUUUGAUGGGCAAUGUAGUAAUGAGGAGAGUAGAGAGAGGAGGUCUGAUGUUGAGAACUCGGAAGACGAGAGGCGGCGGUCGAGAAUUGGGAACUUGAAGAAGAAGGCGAUGAGUGCUUCUUCCAGAUUCACUCAUUCUCUUAAGAAAAGAGGGAAAAGGAAAAUUGAUUAUCGGGUUCCGUCCGUGUCCAUUGAGGAUGUAAGAGAUGCCAGGGAGGAGACUGCUGUCCAUGAAUUGCGCCAAAAACUUGUUGAAAGGGGGUCUUUGCCUGCUAGGCAUGAUGACUAUCAUACGUUAUUAAGGUUCCUUAAAGCUAGGGAGUUUAACAUUGAGAAGACAAUUCAGAUGUGGGAAGAAAUGCUUAUGUGGCGAAAGGAAUAUGGAACUGAUACCAUCCUCGAGGAUUUUGAAUUUGGAGAGCUGGAAGAAGUAUUGCAGUAUUAUCCUCAAGGGUACCAUGGGGUUGAUAGGGAAGGUAGGCCAGUUUACAUAGAGAGACUUGGGAAAGCCCAUCCAAGCCGCCUAAUGCGCAUCACCACAAUAGAUCGAUAUUUGAAAUAUCAUGUCCAGGAGUUUGAGAGGACUUUGCACGAGAAAUUUCCAGCAUGUUCCAUUGCAGCAAAGAGACGGAUUUCUUCAACAACAACAAUAUUGGAUGUUCAGGGGCUGGGAAUGAAAAAUUUCUCAAGGACUGCUGCAAAUCUCUUGUCUGCUAUGACAAAGAUAGAUAGCAGUUACUAUCCUGAGACAUUACAUCAAAUGUAUAUCGUCAAUGCUGGUUCUGGCUUUAAGAAGAUGCUUUGGCCCGCUGCACAGAAGUUUCUUGAUCCCAAAACUAUUGCGAAGAUACAGAUUGUUGAAACUAAGUCAUUAUAUAAAUUACUGGAAGUCAUUGACUCCAGUCAGUUGCCAGACUUUCUGGGUGGUUCUUGUACAUGUGCUUCAGAAGGUGGAUGUCUUCGGUCUAACAAGGGUCCAUGGAAUGAUCCUGACAUAAUGAAGCUGGUACAUAAUGAGGAGGGAACAUUUGUGAGGCAAAUCAUCAAAGUUCCCUAUGGACAACAACAUGACUCCUUUCAAAUGCACCCGUUGAAGGAAAGAUGCAGUGAUACAUCAACAGCUGAAUCAGGGUCUGAUAUGAAUGAAUACUCCUCUCCGAACAGACACAGUAGCUGUCCUUAUCCUUAUUUAGCCCCAGUUUGUGAAGAAGUUAAAGCACCAGAUCUCAAUGGUUACUACAGUUGUGAUGAUAGUUCUCUAGCAGUUGAGAAAGUGAUUGGAAGUGAUAAUUUUCGCCCUAAUCGAGAGCAGCCAAUGCGAACUAACGAUUUAGGGAAUGUUGCUUGUAGAACAGUUUCAGGAGUUACUUCUGGCAGCAAUUGGUUCAGCAUUGUCAAGGUUAAAGCAGAGAAAAUAAAUGUCUUCUAUGUGGCAAGAGUACUGAAACUUUUCACAGAAAAACUAGUUACACUCCUCCGCAAUUUAACAAUCGAUUUUUGGAGAACGCAGAACAAUAUUCACCCAUCAAUUACCAGGGAACAUAACAUCAAUAACCUUUCAGCAGCUGCUGAAGCAGCUUCUGAAAGAGAAUAUAUUCUUCCAUGUAUACAACGUCUCCAGAGACUAGAAAAGAUCUUUGAGGAACUUAACAACAAACCUGAUCGUAUGCCUCGGGAGAAGGAGCAAAUGCUUAUGGAUUCGAUGGAUCGGAUUAAAUCUGUUGAGUGUGACCUUGAAAAGACCAAGAGGGUACUACAUGCUGCAGUGAUGAAGCAGCUUGAGAUUGUUGAAAUGCUGGAGAACUUGAAGAAAACAAAGUGCCGACAAAGAAGACUAUUCUGUUGA